AUGGCCGCUCUUCUGUAUUUUCUGGGCAUUGUGGCAUCCCUGGUUGCGGCUGCUUGGGUUCUACGAAGGACAACAUAUUCACCCGAAUCGCAAGUGCAGCUAGAAGUUCCAACAAAUCCGAGUCCGAUAAGCAAGAAGCUCGCAGAGGCGCUACCACAUAUUGUACUUUUGCAUCGUAAUAAGGCUUUCUUCAAGUCUAUCAACUCAUACUGGGCCCAACAGGAGCGUGAGGUUAUGCAAGCAUGCAUCGUUCAACCACGAGAGGCUAGUGAGGUAGCCAAGGUCAUCGGAAUUCUCAAACGGGAGUAUGAUGAACAAGAGGCGUCGCUGACUAGUAGAUCUGGUGAUGUCUUGUUCGCUGUCCGAGGGGGCGGCGGGUUAUCCUUCUUUACGCCAUGCUUCGGUCUGGCCUGUUCGAAUGUCCUAGCCUACGAAGUUGUUCUCGCCUCAGGUAAGAUUGUUACGGCCACCGCUCAGCCAUAUCCCAAUCUCUGGCGUGCUCUGAAAGGCGGCUCGAACAACUUCGGAGUCGUCACCCGCUUUACGCUGCGCUGUUUCCCGUCCACGAAGAUCUGGGGUGGGUUCUUCUAA